UCUUUAAAUGAUUCUCAACUGUUACAAGAGCUUCAGACUGAGGCAGGUCUUGAGAUUAACUCUUCUCAAUUGGAGUUAGUCGGCCCGAUUGAGCUACGUCACCGCCUUCAUCAAGCCGCAGUAUCAACCACACCAGGAAGACACGAUCCAAUAUGUCGUGCAUUUCACGUCGUAUGGUUAUAUAUACCACCUAUCCUUCUUCUUUUUGGCACAGUCGGAAACUGUCUUGCCUGCUGGGUUCUUUUCCGAAGCAAGCUGGCGACAAUCUCAUCUUAUGUAUAUCUUGCUGUGCUCUCCAUAGUUGACGAGGGUGUUCUGCUCAGUGGUUUAAUGAGAAGAUGGAUCGGCCGCCUUGUUGGUUUUAGUCUUGAAGAGCAGCAUUGGUUUACUUGCAAAUUGCUUCAAUUUGCAGGUGUCUCUACGAGUUGUCUAUCAGUUUGGCUGAUCGUAGCCCUCACUGUUGAGCGGGCUCUUGUAAUAACAAUGCCCUUAAAAGCUGCUAGUCUGGCGCGUCCAUCACGAUCGCGUACAGUUAUUCUUGUUUUGGUAUUUGUAUUCUGCAGCAUCGCGGGCCAUUUCUUUCUCACAGUCAGUCUGAUAUCGGUUCGGCUAUCAGGUGAAUCUGAAAUUAAUGAUGCUUCCCAGAAUCGGACUAUAUCAGACUCAACUAGCCCAAUUACAAUUUUGGAUGUUGAGCCAGAGAUGCAAUAUCUGUGCAAAUUCUACAAUCUCCGUGUCAACCAGGUAUGGAUUUGGGUAGACGCAACUCUCUACAGCUAUCUCCCUACCAUAAUCAUUGCUUUAUUAAAUGCCAUUAUCAUUCAUGGUAUAUAUCGAGCUACAAAACGCCGAGCCAAUAUGGUAAGUGGCGGUCGGAUUAUCAGACCUCGCUAUACUACGAUCCAUCAACACACACUUAUCCAAAAGGAGCGCAAGCAGCAAUGCGUUAGUACCAAAACAUCUUCCUCGUGCUGCUUUAAGAUUGCCAAAAGGGUUUAUACUCCAAUAAAGAAAUUGGAUUGGCUUUGA